GCGUGCAGACUACUGUUUACUGCUAACAGCUUGAGACGAGGCAAACAGCUGCGUGAAUUCACCGUUGUUUGUCUUCUAUGGCUCGAUAGGCUAUAUAUGGGAUGAGAGACUGAAACAGUAAAGGCAUCGCAACGUGGGUGAAAAUGAUAAGGAGGAUAGACCCUCGCGCGAGACCAAGAGAAAUCUAACGUUAUUCUGACAGCUCUCUCACAAAGACUGCUGCGAAGGAAUGCAGAGCAAUGCUUUGAACUAGAAAGAUCACCGACGCUUCGUUUGCAAGAACCAGAGCAGAAUUUGCAGGGUAAACAUGCAGCGGAUAAAAAACGGGCAGAAAUAUGCCUGAGUGGAUCUGGAGUGUGCUGAAGCGCUUCUUUCGCACCUUUGCUUGGCACCGUCUGCAAAAACUUCCACAAUGGCUCUGGUCAUGGAACCUGUAAGCAGGUGGUCAACAAGCCAGGUGGUCGACUGGAUGAAAGGUUUGGAUGACUGUCUACUGCAGUACAUUAAGAAUUUUGAGCAGGAAAAGGUGGGCGGUGAACAGUUGUUGAGAAUCACCCAUCAGGAGCUCCAUGAUCUGGGCGUUUCUCGAAUCGGCCACCAGGAACUCAUUCUAGAGGCUGUGGACCUGCUUUGCGCACUGAACUAUGGACUAGAAACAGAGAACCUGAAGACUCUGACCCAUAAGCUGAACGCGUCAGCUAAGAACCUGCAGAACUUCAUAACAGGCCGGCGGAGGGGCGGUCACUAUGAUGGCAGAGCCACCCGAAAACUUCCUAAUGACUUUCUGACCUCUGUAGUGGACCUCAUCGCUGCCGCCAAGAGCCUGCUGGCUUGGUUGGAUAGUGCUGCUCUGGUAUGGGCCAUUGAGGGCGAGGACAGACUCUCCCAGUGUAAGACACUGUCAGGCGUGUGUGACCACAUCAUUUCCCUCUCUUCGGACCCCAUGGUGUCCCAGGUCGCCCAUCUGGAAGUGGUGCAGCUGGACAACAUAAGAUCCACAGAGGGACUGGGCAUGUACAUCAAAUCAACCUAUGAUGGCCUACAUGUCAUCACGGGCACUACAGAGGGAUCGCUAGCUGACCGCUGUAAGAAAAUCCAUGCUGGUGAUGAGGUCAUACAGGUCAAUCAUCAGACAGUGGUGGGCUGGCAGCUGAAGAACCUAGUAAACUCUUUACGUAGCAAUCCUGCAGGUGUGACCCUCACGCUAAAGAAACGACCUCAAAGCACUCUCACGUCAGCCCCAGCCUUACUCAAGAACAUGAGAUGGAAGCCCCUCGCCCUGCAGCCCAUCAUUCCUCCCAGCCCCAGCAGUAGCAUGGCCACACCAUCCAGCACUCUCAGUACCCCAUCCAGACGGGACAGCUGCACUCUACAGGACCUCUUCAUCCCCCCUCCCCUAGAUGAGCCAUACACACCCAGAGACGACAUAGGAAAUCUGACCAGCAACUUCAAGCAGGCCGCUAAAGGUUCUGAUUCGCCCAAUUCCUUCAUGGAUCAGGAGUGCCGGAGGCGAUUCCCCCUGUUAGAUGAGGAUGCGGUCUUCUACUGUUAUGAGUAUGAUCAGAAUCAGGGCCCUCCACCCGUACGCAGGGACAGCACUCCUACAUAUGGACGGCUGAGGCCUAUUUCCAUGCCCGUAGAAUAUAACUGGGUUGGAGACUAUGAAGAUCCCGCCAAGCUGAAGAAAGAGAUCAGAAGAGAAAACUCCCUGCUGCGAUAUGUAUGUGAGGACAAGGCGGGGACAGAGGAGUACCACACUGGACGUCGCAGUAGUCGGCGGAGAAAAAGUGAGAAAGGUGGUAGCCCCACCCACUACGCCCUAGUCCCCACCCUGCAGAUUGACAUGCUGCAGCAGGACUCACUGGCCACACCCACAUCUGAAACCUCAUCUGUCUAUCUUACAUUUGAUCGAUCGUCCAUGCUUUCCCGGUCUAAGAAAGUGAAGUUAAGAGCUGGAUCCCUGCCCUCCAUUAGUAAGCGGCGAAUCUCCUGCAGGGACUUGGGUCAGGGUGAUUGUGAGGGCUGGCUCUGGAAGAAGAAGGAUGCAAAGAGUUACUUCUCUCAGAAAUGGAAGAAGUACUGGGUUGUGCUAAAAGAUGCCUGCCUAUAUUGGUACACCAAUGAAGAGGAUGAGAAGGCAGAGGGCUUUGUCAGCCUGCCUGAGUUCAACAUUGAUCAGGCCAACGAAUGUCGCAAAAAGUUUGCUUUUAAGGCUUGCCAUCCUAAAAUCAAGAGCUUCUACUUUGCUGCGGACAACAUGGAUGAUAUGAAUAGGUGGCUCAGUCGACUGAACAUGGCGGCAACAGCUCACUCGGAGCAGAAGAGGAUUCGACAGGAUCAUGAUUACUGGAGCGAGAGUGACCAUGAGGAUGCUGAUCAGAUGUCCUCAAAACCCAAACAGGAUAGCCCUCCACCUCCAUAUGACAUUUACCCUCACUCCACCUCAGCAAGUCCGUUCCAGGAGUCCCAACACAUCCGCCCACCCUCCGCAGAGACCAUCCAGUCCCGCUCCCCCCUCUCCGAGACACAGGGGGGCAGCGUGAGCAGCGGCAGCUCCCCUGGCCGAAAGUCUGCUAGCCAGCGGCGUUCAUGGCAGGACCUCAUUGAGACACCCCUCACCAGCUCUGGCCUCCAUUUCCUCCAGACUCUGCCGUUGGAUGACUCCGUGUUCGUCGACCCCAGUCGAGCCAUGCCCGUCGAGCUCCGCCGCCAGUCGACGCUCCCCGCCCAGCACGGGCUGCCUCCAGAACACUACAUCCCACCCACUACACCCACCCAGCCCAGCCAAAAGCCCAUCACAGCUUUAGGAAGAGUAGAAGGAUUAGAAGGUGGUGGAGUAGGAAGCAAGCACCGCAGUUUCACCUUGCCCCGUGACAGUGGUCUUCAUGCCAUCCUGGCUGCCACCAAUGCAGCUGAACACGCAGAUGCACAGCGCUACCACCUGGGCCGGGCCCAUGCCAGAGACACAGGUUCAGAGCGGGAGCGCAGGCACCAGGCUGACUCAUUGGGGGAUUUGUACAGGGCUCUGGAGAGGACUAGUCUAUCACCUGUCAAUGAGUACAGGUCCUCUUCUCGAUUAGAGUACAAGCGAUCAUUCGUCCGCCGCUGCAAUGAUCCGUUACUUAAUGAAAAGCUGCACCGCCUGCGAAUCCUUCAAAACUCAUUCAAGGACAUCCCACUUCAAGAGGCAGAGACUAAGAUCAUCCAUCGGGAUGUGUAGCCAGAGAUGCAGAGACACAGCAGGGCACAGCACCAGUCAUUUCAGCCAUAUCUGCUAAAAAAAGAUUCGCUCUCUUUCCCUGGAGGGUUCAUCUUAGUCUCUUAUCAAACAUCUACGUCUUUCCUAAGAAAUAUUUCUCACUCUUUUACUCUUUUUUUUGUUGCAGCAUUCAUGAUUUUCCUCUCGUUGCACUCACUUUCUUUGCUUUAUGUUAUUGCACAUGCUAAUAUUGGCAUUAUUUUGUACUGUAUGUAAAGUUAUUUUCUCUUGAAUUAUUUGUUUGUAAUAAUGACUUUGGCCUCCAUCAGAGACCAAAUAACUGCACUUCCAAUGAACUCUACCCUACAGUAAGUAGUCUGUCAUGACUGAAAA